AUGGAUGCAUACAUUCAAGAAACUCUUGAGACAUGUGGGAAGAGCCCCAUUAGCGGUGAGCAGUGCACUUGCGCAACAUCUGCUGAGGAUCUAAUUGAUUUUGUUGUUGAGAAAUUAGGGAACCAUGUAUCUGUAUGGAGUACUGAGAGCAUUGAAGGAUCUUAUGAGAAUGCCACAAUUGGAGCUAUGAAACUCAUCCACGGAAACCUCUCUGAACCACCAGCCUUAUGUCAUAGUAUGCCAUUCCCAUUUCAAAUCUACUAUUGCCAUAUUCUUCAAAAAGUAAAGCUAUAUGUAGUUCAUAUACAUGGUAGUAAAAAGGUGAAUCAUGCGAUCAUGGCAUGCCAUUAUGACACAUCAACCUGGAGUCCAAACCAUCUUGCUUUUAAGAUAUUGGGCUAUGGCCCAGGCUUAAUUGAAGUUUGUCAUUGGAUAAAUGAGAAUGGAGUGGUAUGGACAAAGACUCAAGGUUGA